CCCCUCUCCCAACUCCAACAAUAUCCCAAAUACAAAAGAAUGGACCCGUCCAAGCCAACACUACUUCUAAUCUCUGGAGCAUGGCAUACCCCAAAGUCCUACUCCAAAUUUACCGAUGCGCUCAAAAACAACGGCUACGAAGUGCACGUUCCUCGUCUCCCAAGCAUGAACGGAGCAAAACCCCCCAACGCAGAUCUGACAACCGACACAGAUCUGAUCCGCGGCUAUGUCGAAAGCCUUGCCUCCGCCGGUCGAACAAUAGUAGUAAUUAUGCAUUCCUAUGGUGGGCAAGUCGGAACCAACGCCCUUCAUAACCUUGGGUUGAACGACCGCAAGAAGCAAGGACUCGUCGGCGGUGUCAGCCAUCUGGUUUACAUGUGUGCUUCUCUUUUCACGGAAGGUGCCUGCAUAUUGGACAUAGCUAAAGAAUUCGGUACCGCGGACCAGAUGGCCAAUGCGUCCGAUAUCCUUGAGUUAUUUCCGAGGGAAGAUUUGAAGAAGCUCAUGGCUGGGCCAGGGGUCGAGGAUGCGGAUGCUGAGGCCCUUGUUUCGACGUUGACGAGGUGGAAUGGUGAUGCGAUGUUUCAGCCGUUGGAGAGGUGUGCUUGGAGGGAAAUUCCAUCGACUUAUAUUCAUACGACUAAGGAUGUUGCUGUGCCGUUUGAGUUUCAGAAGGUGAUGGUUGAGAAGGCUAGGGCUAAAGGUGGGGCUUUUGAGAUUGUGGAGUUAGAUGCUGGUCAUGGUGUUUAUUUGAGUCUGACUGCGGAGGUGGUUAAGAUUAUUGAUGGCGUGGUGGGCUGAUAAGUAUAGUUCUGACUCAUGGUCGACUUCUAAAGCCGAUGCUAGUUGGGGUUAUUUUUCAUUCGGCCCUGUGUUUCCUGUUUAGAAUCUGAAUCCACCAGGGAAAUACUGCCAAAGAAUCUGCUGAACAUGAAUUAUCCUAUUGAAGUACCAAUGGCGACCAUGAUUUUCAAAAACUUCCAAUAUAUACCUUCUAAUAUCCUGAAUCUCAUACAUAUACGUGCUAAACGCUUAAAAGUCCUCCAUGGAUGGGAAUUCUUC